UCCAACAGGCUAGAACUUUGAAUUGGUGCUAAACUGCCGAUCCAACUGUGGGUCAAAACGGUCAAACGGACCGGUAAGCUUUCCAUCAAGACGGCUUUCAUUGUGACAUUGCUAACGAGGAGUGUUUUUAUUUUACUGUAAUCUGCGAUUUCUUGUCCUCUCUACUUUGAAAUCGUUAUGGGUAACAUUUUCUCAGUCUCAAUCUCUGGCGACGCCAUUUUCUUUCGCUGUCUAAACUGUACUUCAAGAAAAGUCGCAUAUAUAAGUGAGCUCGAAGAUAAUCUUGAUGCCUUACAGACUGAAUUGCAGAAACUGCAGGAAGCAAGGAACGAUUUGUUGAGGAAGAUUGAGCUUGUGGAAAAAAAUGGAAAGAAACGGACCGACCAAGUGCAAGGCUGGCUUUCUAGGGUGCGAGAUGUGGAAGCUGAAGCUGGUGGACUACUAGAAAUUAGAUCUCAAGAAAUCGAGAAAUUAUGUUUUGGAGGCUACUGUUCAAAGAAUUGCAAGUCAAGCUUCAAGUUUGGGAAGUUAGUGGCUAAUAAGCUGAAACUAGUUGCUACUUUAAAGGAUGAAGGAGUUUUCGAAGUGGUGGCGGAGAAUAUCCCAGAAACAGUGGCGGUAGAAAGGCCUAGUGAACCUACAGUAGUGGGUAUGCAAUUAAUAGUUGAUACAGUCUGGAGAUGUAUUGAGGUUGAGGAAGAACAAGUGGGAAUUAUUGGUCUCUAUGGGAUGGGGGGAGUGGGAAAAACUACCCUCUUAACCAAAAUUAACAAUAAAUUUCUUGAAAUUUCAAACAAUUUUGACAUUGUGAUUUGGGUGUUGGUGUCUAGAGAUUUGCAAGUUGAGAAGAUUCAAGAAAGGAUUGGGCAAAAGAUAGGCUUAGAUGGAGAGUCAUGGAAGAACAAAAGUGUUGAUGAGAAAGCAUCGGAUAUUUUUAAGAUUUUGCGCAAAAAGAAGUUUGUUGUGUUAUUAGAUGAUCUAUGGGACAGAGUUGAUUUGAUCAAAGUGGGUAUCCCUCUUCCUAGCGUAGAAGUCGGAUGUAAGAUAGUCUUUACAACUCGUUUUCUUGAUGUUUGUGGUCUCAUGGAAGCUAACAGGAAGUUUAAAGUGGAAUGUUUAAGAGAAGCGGAAGCUUGGGAAUUGUUUGAAGGAAAAGUUGGGAGAGAAACUCUUGAUAGUCAUCCUGGUAUUUUGGAGUUGGCUAAAGUUGUAGCCAAAGAAUGUGGCGGUCUACCCCUUGCACUCAUUACAAUUGGUAGAGCCAUGUCUUACAAGAAGACACCUGAAGAAUGGAAAUAUGCAAUUCAAGUGUUAAGGAGAGCCUCGUCUAAAUUUCCAGGUAUGGAGAAAGAGGUGUAUCCCCUUCUAAAGUUUAGUUAUGAUUGUUUACCUAAUGACAAAAUCAGAUCAUGUCUUUUAUAUUGUAGUUUAUUUCCAGAGGACUUCAGUAUUAUUAAAACAAAAUUGAUUGAUUAUUGGUUUUGUGAGAACUUUUUGGAUGUAUAUGAUCCAAGUGAAGUAUAUAGCCAUGGAUACUACAUUAUUGGUGUCCUUGUUCAUGCUGGUUUAUUGGAAGAAGUAGAAGAGAGAGGAGAUUAUUUUGUAAAAAUGCAUGAUGUGAUCCGCAACAUGACUUUGUGGAUAGCAUGUGAAAUGAAGGAGGAGCAGCAGAAAUUUUUAGUUCAGGUGCGUGUCGGAUUAACUAAAGCGCCGACGGUCAAUGAAUGGGAAGAGCUAAAGAGGAUAUCCUUGAUGGAAAACAAAAUUGAGGAUUUAUCAGUGACACCCACAUGCCCUGAUCUCUUGACUUUGUUUCUUAAUAGUAAUAACAUACAGAUGAUUAGUAGUAGCUUUUUUCAAUUCAUGCCAUCCCUCAAAGUCUUAAACCUAUCAUAUAAUAAAUUUUUAAUACAACUACCAUCUGGGAUUUCAAAUUUGGUUUCACUGCAACAUCUUGAUCUAUCAUGGUCCUCAAUUAUAGAGUUACCAGUGGAGUUAAAAGCCUUAGUAAAGCUUAAAUGUUUAAGCCUGGAGUAUACAUACAUGCUCUGUAAAAUCCCAAGUCGACUUAUAUCCCAUUUUUCAGAAUUACAUAUACUGAGAAUGAUUGGUUGUGGUUAUAAUCAAAAAGUGGGAGAAGAUAGUGUUUUGUUUGGUGGUGGAGAAAAAUUGGUGGAGGAAUUGCUUGGUUUGGAAUCUUUAAAUGUGCUGAGUAUCACCUUAAAAAGUGGCCAUGCACUCCAAACAUUUCUGAGCUCCAACAAGUUUCGGAAUUCUACUUAUGCUCUAACACUUCGACACCUUGACGGUUCUAAGAUGCUCAAUGUUUUAUCUUUGGCAGAUCUCAAGCAUCUUCGUAGACUAGAAAUUGAAGAUUGUGAAGAUUUGGAAGAGUUGAAGAUGGAGCAUUUAAAGGUACUACAAAAAACAAGAGAACCUUACAAUUUCUGCAGCCUUAACAGAGUUCAAAUAGUUUGGUGCUCUAGAAUAAGAGACUUGACAUGGCUUGUUUUGGUUCCAAAUCUCAAGUAUCUUUUUGUGUCUCAUUGCUAUGAGCUGGAAGAAAUUAUAAGCAAUAGAAAUUUUGGCGAAGAAUUUCUAGAAAUGAUCGACCUUUUUGCAAAACUUCACUUUAUAAACAUACGACAUCUACCAAAUUUGAAGAGCAUCUACUGGAAGGCCUUGCCCUUUCCACAUCUGAAUCUAUUUUAUGUAAUUGAAUGCCCCAAGCUUAAGAAGAUUCCACUUGAUUCCGACAGUGCAAAGGGACAGAAAAUUGUUAUUAGUGGGAAUGAAAACUGGUGGAAAGGACUCGAAUGGGAGAGUGAAGCUGCUCAAAAUGCUUUUCUUCCUUGUUUCCAAUCUCGCUAAACGGGUGUAGAUUUUGGAGCCAGUUUCGGAAAAGAUUUCUGCCCUUUUGUUUGUUGUGUCAAACUCUUGGAUUGCAUGUGGCUGGUGCCAGGGGGCUGGUUAGUUGCUUGAAAAAUUUUCUCCAGUAAUCAAGAUUCAAAGUUCCAUUUAGGAGUUCUGAUUUUCUUUUCAAAAUCAUGUGUCAUCCUGCACCAACCGGCAAUCUUUUCAGUCCGCUCUAUGUACCCAACGCAGGGAAGUGUACUCAUGAUGCAAAGUUACUGGAAGAAAUUCAUUGGCCGAAAUCCUGUGAUGGGAACCAAAGCCAAGUAGUGUGUGCUGAUCAAGGUGGCAAUUAGCUCCACUGAAAGUGAAGAUUUGUGGACAAGUCCUUUUGAGAAUAGGGGGAAUGGUGGGAACCAAAGCCAAGUAGUGCGCACUGGUCAAAGUGACAAUUCAAGUGUGAGGGAUCCAUCGUACAUACAAGAUGGCCAAAUGACAAGAGCAAGAGCCGAGAGGAUGCGUGAGGAAAUCUGAUUUAGUUUUCCCAGGUUGGGCAUUCUAAAGAUCACGGUGACUGCCUUUAACAUUCUAGUACUACCUUAUCAAUCUCUACUGCUCAGAAUUCAUGUCAGAGUCGUCGUUUCUCAGCAGACAAAGCAACUGUAUCUUAGAAGAAGUCAGAGGAAAAUGAAUGAACAAAAGCCAGUCAGAGAUCAUGCUACCAAUACGCUUGGUAACUCAGUAGCCUAACCACUGCCUGCUGACUCUGCUCUAAACGGGGUCUCUGACUCACUGUGAGGCUUUUUGGAAGUCAGCAAUUAUGAGAAGAUUGUGUGUUAUUUGAUUAUCUCUUUUCUUCAUUUCCUCUGUGCCUGUAUUAUCCCUUGCUUUUUACUACACGAAAAGGCCAUAAUCUUGUCAAAGAAGCAAAUACGUUAGAAUCAGUUGGUUGCAUCUAAGUGCUCUGUUUAAGAAAUAACAUUUUGGACAA